UGACGUCCAUCUCCCUCCCUCUUUCUCUCACACUGGGUUUUUCGGGAGGCGAAGGGGGGGUUCCGUUUUCUAUGGUCUUCGCUCAAAAACACAUAUUUCCGGGGACACAUAUCUGCGUGUUCAGCUGCUCAACCCGGCGACUUUUAAUUCACCGCUGAAGCAGUUGGAGCUAAACCGAAUGAGAGGUGCUAAGGACGGAAUGAGGUGAGAAGAAGAGCCGGAGACUGACUGGAAGGCUGCACAUCCGCCGCUUUCUUUCAGUUCAACCGCAAUCGGUUUCCCCAGGCUCUGUACAUCUCCUGCUUCUCGAAAUGUGGUCUCAGACGGUUCCUGCUUAUGUUUCCGUGACUGCUCCUCCCUGGGAGCCGCCGUGUUGACGUUUGUCACCCAGAAAAUAUUCACUAGCCAACAGGAAAACAGAUACUCCCCCUUUUUUUCUCAACUCAACCCGUGGUGGUCGCACAGAGCCCACUGUUGUUUCUCUUGUUUCUUUUUAAAUCAGUUGAAUCGAUGGUUGAGUUUUCUUCUGCUUUCACAACAACACCGAUGCAGCUGAAAGUAAACCGAUUACCACCGGGAUUGUUUUAUUAACGAGCCAGCAAAUGUCCACCGAAAUGGUCCGAUAACGCCUGGGAAGGUUGGGGGAAAGUGUGAAGCUAAGAGGGGGGUUAGUCUGGGCUGUGUUUUCUUCAGAUCAGGCUACCAACCACAACACACAGUCAUGAGUUGGAUGUAGAUUUUUUUUUAACGCAUCAAUUAAAGCUGGAUCACUGUCUUGGUGAUCCGUGCUGCCUUCAAGGACUAUGACAAUGAGGAUUGUAUGAGGCUGUUUUCUUCUGGAGUGACUGACAACCAGGAUAAUCUGGGGUGUGUUUUUAACCCAGUGUGAACACAAUCCUACAGCCCAUUUAUUUAUUUUCUCUCGGAGGACGAGGCGCACUCAGGGACGAACAUGUCUUUACGCACGGCACUGCCUGGGAAAGAUCGGAACCCGGACCAUCAUGCCUCCCUGUCGGCCAGCCGCUCAGAGAAGGGUACCGGUUGGUCGAGCCGCUCACUUGGUGCUCGAUAUCGUAACUCCAUCGCCUUGUGCUCAGAUGAGCAGCCGCACAUCGGAAACUACCGGCUGCUCAAAACCAUUGGCAAGGGCAACUUCGCGAAGGUCAAACUGGCACGACACAUCCUGACCGGCAGAGAGGUUGCAAUAAAGAUCAUCGAUAAAACCCAACUCAACCCAACCAGCCUGCAGAAGCUGUUUCGAGAGGUACGCAUCAUGAAAACUCUGAACCAUCCCAACAUAGUGAAGUUGUUCGAGGUGAUUGAGACUGAUAAGACUCUUUACCUGAUUAUGGAGUACGCUAGCGGAGGCGAAGUGUUCGACUACCUCGUGGCUCACGGCAGAAUGAAGGAGAAAGAGGCCAGAGCCAAGUUCAGACAGAUUGUGUCUGCGGUGCACUACUGUCAUCUGAAGAACAUUGUUCACAGAGACUUGAAGGCGGAGAACUUGCUACUAGAUGCCGACUCCAACAUCAAGAUAGCCGACUUUGGCUUCAGCAAUGAGUUCACUGCAGGCAGUAAACUGGACACGUUCUGCGGCUCCCCGCCUUACGCAGCCCCGGAGCUCUUCCAGGGGAAGAAGUACGACGGUCCGGAGGUGGACAUCUGGAGCCUAGGGGUCAUCCUUUACACACUGGUCAGCGGGUCCUUGCCGUUUGACGGACAGAACCUCAAGGAACUGCGGGAGCGUGUUUUGAGGGGGAAAUACCGCGUGCCCUUCUACAUGUCUACAGACUGCGAGGGAAUCCUGCGCCGCUUCCUGGUCCUCAACCCUUCCAAGCGCUGCUCGCUGGACCAAAUAAUGAAAGACAAGUGGAUUAAUAUCGGCUUUGAAGGUGAGGAUCUAGUGCCCCACACAGAGCCUGAGGAGGACCUGAACAAUACCAGCCGCAUCGAUGUGAUGGUAGGGAUGGGUUUCGCCAGAGAGGAGAUCAGAGAGUCGCUUUCUACUCAAAAGUACAAUGAGGUCACGGCCACAUACCUGCUGCUGGGACGCAAGAAUGACACGGAGGUCAGUGAGUCUCGCUCUGCCAGCAGUCUGAGUCUAGCUCGAGUCCGACCCAGCACCAUUACCAACGGUACCAGCAAACACACCACAUCCUCCUCUGCUGCACCAUCUUCCUCCUCCUCUGCCCACAAGCCUCAGCGCAGCGCCUCCACCUACCACCGCCAGAGACGGCACUCUGACUUCUGUGGUCCAGCGGUUCCAGUUUCGACGCACCCCAAGCGGAGUCCCAGUGGUGUAGGCGAAGGGGCGGGGCUUAAGGAUGAGCGUCUGUCGAGCCGCAAGCCAAGCACGAGCACGAUUGGAUCUCGUAGCAUCCCGACCCCCUCCAGCCCCAUGGUUAGCUCUGCUCAUAACCCCAACAAAGCCGAGAUACCCGACCGGCGCAAGGAAGUUCCCACAACCCCAAAUAACAUCCCUGCCAGUGCCAUGACUCGAAGGAACACAUACGUGUGUACAGACCGGUCCAGCACCGACAGGAACACACUGCUGCAAAAUGGCAAGGAGAACAGUUCCAUAUCCCACCGCCUGCCCCCCUCCUCCCCCUCCACCCACAGCAUCGCCGGUGCAUCCGGAGUGUCCUCCUCCUCGUCCUCCACGCCCUCCUCCCGCCUCUCUAGGGGGUCCACGGUGAGGAGCACUUUCCACGGAGGGCAGAUCAGAGACCGCCGCCCUCCCUCCCAUGCUCCCCCUGCUUCCCCAACGCCGUCCCAUGAUGCCAGCCCACUGCCCCACGCCAGGACCCGGACCACCACCAACCUGCUCAGCAAACUCACCUCCAAGCUGACCCGCAGGGUCACUCUUGACCCUUCUAAACGUCAGAGCUCAAACAAGUCCAUGUCGGGCUGCACCCUCCCACAGGGGACAAAAACAGUUAGUAAGUCUUCCUUUCCCAUGUUAUCUGGCUGCUUCUGUCUGUCUGACUGUCUGUCUGCUUGCCAGUGGCCCCCGUCGCCCCCUCUCCUCUCAUCGCUGUCUGUGGCGUGCUGGAGUUCAGUUACACAAACAAUCAUCUGAGGCACGGCUUCUUUACAGGCAGACGUUUAAUCAGGCAGAUAAAUUCAACCUGCUCCAAGAAAAACCAUCUGAUCUGAUGUGAACAACUUUUAUUUCCACAUGAAGCUUUGUGAUCAGAAGUUAUUUCCUUUCCUUUCAUUUUGUCAAGAAAUUGACAAUGUAAAUUAAAUCUUUCAUUCCAGUGUUUUUUAUUCCAGUGUUAUUCUCUCUAUGAAUACACUAAAAUAAAUAUCAGUUUAGAGGUUGCGAGCAUUUUCAUUUAUAGCCUAACUAUAGAUUUUUAUUUCUAUUGAUUACAUUUACGCUUCAGGAAUCAUACAGGUGUCUUUUGAAUUUUUUGCGAUAAUCCAAUGUAGGAAUCCCACUGGCUUUUUGUCGAACCAGGGCAAUGCUAAUUUCUGGCUCGGCCUUCAAUCAUUCCUGCAUCUUUAUCACAGUAUGAGCAUUAUACAGAAUGCUUUGAAGGGUUUAAUCGCCCUAUGAUUGAACGAUGUUUGAACUUUGACUUUUAAACUUGAGUUUAAAAUCCAGCUUUUUCUGGAGAUCUGGGACUGAGGUCCUCACAGUUUCCUGUAGAGCAGCUCCACCUCAACUCUGGAUGUUUAUGUGACUAAAGCUCUAAUCAGCAUCUGUGUUUCUGAGUGUGUGUCUGUCUGGACUGCUUGUUCUCUGCUGGCUUUAUCUUCCUUUACCUGCCUCAAACAAUAACACAGAAUCAUAUCGCUUCUCUCGGGCAACAAGGGCUGAUUUUGUCCCUACUAGAAGACAAGUCAAUUUGAAUAUGAGCGGUUUCUCACCCUGCUAGUCUUAAAACUCAUUUCUUAAAAUAGACAUCCCUCUAAAGGUGUGUGUGUGUGUGUGUGUGUGUGUGUGUGUGUGUGUGUGUGUGUGUGUGUGUGUGUGUGUGUGUGUGUGUGUGUGUGUGUGUGUGUGUGUGUGUGUGUGUGUGUGUGUGUGUGUGUGUGUGUGUGUGUGUAAAGGUGUAAAAGGAAACAAUGGUUUACCCUGCAUCCCUGUAGCUACCUACCUGUGACUAUACGAGUACAGAGCAUGUGUGUGAGCCCUCUGCAGGAACAGAAUGCUGCUAAGCACCCUGCACCAGUCAUCCCGACUGACCCAGCGUCACAGCCGUUUAAAUCAGGAUUAGUUAUGCAACCAGGAUUUAUCCUUUUCUUAAACUGGGAUCUUCACAGCUCUCCCUGAAGAUACGAGCAGAUUGUUCUAGUACUCUGCUGCUAGCUUCUCUCACUCUUCCUUCUCUCACUUUCAGCUCAGAUAAUCCCUAACUCAAUGCAGUGUGAGAGAAUAGAGUUGAGUCUGUCACUACAUACUCUCAUAGAUUUUCUUCUGAUUUAAAGAUAUGAUACCACUAGUGCUGCUCAGGGUCACCUUGGCAUUGGUUUCCUUGCUUUCUUGACCCAGCCAAAAAUGGCAAAUGUCCUAUUAUAAAAUUCAACACGUCCAAAACAUUCAGUGUUGAAUACAGGAAUAAACUGAUAUAAGAUUUCAAAAUAUUUGAACAGCUAUUUGUCGAGCAGCUUUUAAGUGUUAGUAGUCAAAUAUUACCAACAUAUUUGCUGUAAUUUAUUAUUAUUCCUGAUCCAAAAGGAAUUGCCAUCAACAUGUUUGCUGGGUAAUUGUUUUAUUUAUAAUAAUUUAUAAAUUAUAAUAAUUGUCCCAUUGAUUGACUUUGUGGAUUGUCAGGGAUUUUUCCAUGUAGUUUAAAAGCGGUGACAGUUCAAACAUCGGAGCCAGGUCACAUUAGAGACAUUUUCACUAAGUCCUUCUUUUUUAUGUUAUUUGACGGCUCUAUUCUCCAGACCACCACCAGUUCCGGGAAUAGAGUUCAGGUUGCCAGGUUGUGUGUGACAGAAUUAGAGUUGAGCUGCAGAAAAUGGCAACAGUAGCCCCUGGUGGCCAUGGAAGGGAAGUGCAAUAAGAAGCCUCAGACUACCUGCAGCCUGCUGGGUUUAGUAAACAGUUCUUUAGAAGAAACUUUAACACAACCCUACAGCAGUCAUAAGCUCAUACAUCCUGGAUUUAUGUAGCCUUAAGUGUGGCAUGUGAAAUGCAUAAUCCAUUCUGUAAAUUGUUAGGAAAGUCAUGGCUACACACCGUGUGAUUAGAAGAUUAGACCUGUCAGCAUGGCCCUCAAGAAAGGGCCCAAAAGGAACAUCCCGGGGGAUUUUAAAAUGUAGGGAGGGUAACAAAAAAAGUGCCUGAAUACAUUGCAGUGAAUAAGAAGGAGCAUAACUCAAACCAAAACAAUACAGAAUGUGUACUAUAAGCAGAACAUCGAGUAACCCUCAGGUUCAUGAGGGUAGAAACUUGAGGAAGCAGGGGAACCACAUCAUAAAUGAUUCAACAGCACUUCUUUUUUAUAAAUUGUAUUGGAAAAGGGGACAUUACCCAUCAUUGUACCAUAAACCAUACAGAAUAAAACCAUUUGUCACUGAAAACGCGUCAAACACAGUUUUGAAAUGCAGGCACGAAGACUAAAUAAACCCGCUCCUAUCCAAAAUAUUUUCUGAUCAGACAAAGAGCUAAAUUGUACAGUAUGAUAUUUAAUUUAAACUUGGCAACCCUGUGUGCAUCAUACUGUACCAGCCAUGACUAGCUGAUAUAACAGUGUGUUCCUAUCACAGACCUGGGAGGUACAGAAAGAAAUAGAGUUAUGGAAAGAGGCGCUGUAGUAUCCGAAACCAUGCCGUACAAAUGUUAGUCCCACAUCAUCAUCUUAGCCUAGACAGCAAUUACCACAGACAACAGUACAAUGAUGGUCUAAAUGAGUCUGGUAUUCUCUUCUAACACACAAGUUGUGCUUUAAUAAGCAUCAGAUUUGUACACACAUGAGUCCGGCCCCCGCUCAUCUGUUUGUUGGUGACUUUGACAUUUUGUUGUUUGACAUUCAUCUGAUGCUCCCGUGUGGUGAGUGUAGUUGGUGAUGACUCAUCUGUGGUUUGAAGACCAGUUGUUGUGUUCUGUGUUGUGACUGUUGUGGAUUGCCUGAUGUAGCCAUGCAGCUAUUGGAUGCAUUAAAACAGGAAGUGGGGGGAAGGAUUGAUUUCAAUGGGUGAUAGACCUAUUGAUUCCUAACGGAUACGUUUCU